AAGGCAAAGAAAAAAAGUAUACAACCUUUGAGGGGAAACAGGAAAGGGGAGGGUGGGAGGUUAGACUGAGAUCAAAGAGCAAACAGAGGGCGGCCCAGAGCACUUUGUGACUGACAGUGACCCAUCGACAGGCCUCUCUCGCUCGGAUUUCCUCCUUGCUGACACCCUCUGUUCACAACCCGUCCAUAACAACUGGUGGCACCAAACUGGGUUGGGCUCGCUUUACCAACUAGAGAUUUAACCUGGAACAUUCCAGCAGCUUGGCAUUGCAGCAGGUAUGAUCACCCUGACGGAGCUUGCAUCUCUGUCUGACACUCAGCCUACUCAUCGUCUUCUCAAACCCUGGUGGGAUGUUUUGAUGGACUAUUUGGUGGUUGUCAUGCUAAUGGUGUCCCUCCUCUCUGUAACCCUGCUCAUUUCCCAAGACAAGGUCGUAUGUCUUCCCUGUGACCACGUACGGAGUCUGAAUGGCACAUCUCGGAGUUCCACUGUGGGCACUGUGGCCCAACCGCAUAGCCCUCCUGAAAGAUCUGAGACAGCUGAGUGUGGCAGCAGGCCCUCGUCAGGAGCCCAGGGAGAACAUUCGGGCCCAACUGAAACCAAAUCAUCACCUCCUGCACGCCUGCUGAGAGCCGGAGGCUACAAGACAAACCUGGACUUCCAGCAGUAUGUCUACAUCAGCCAAGUGUGUUACCAGAAAGCACUUCCCUGGUACUCCAAGUACUUCCCAUACAUAGCCUUUGUCCACACUAUCAUUCUGCUGGUUAGUGGGAACUUCUGGUUCAAAUUCCCAAAGACUUCCUCCAAAGUCGAGCACUUUGUCUCAAUCCUGGGCAAGUGCUUUGAGUCGCCGUGGACCACCAAAGCGGUCUCUGAGACCGCCAACGAGGAUUCGGAAAACAGCCAGAAUCGGACAAAAAUGUUCAAGUCUGCAACCCUGGAGCCCAGCGAUACCUCUGACACCAGUUCCUCUUUGACCUCCUACCCUGAGGUGACUUUUGAACCCCCGGUCAGCGGUUCGCCUUCUAUGAACAUCUUGGACAAGCAAGAUGGCGAGCAGGCCAAGGCUCUGUUUGAGAAGGUGCGCAGGUUCCGAGCCCACACAGAGGACGGGGACCUGAUCUACAAGUUCUAUGUUGGCCAGACCGUGGUGAAGGCCCUCAAGUUCCUUGUCAUCCUGUGCUACACCUUCACCUUUGUCAACUCUAUCACCUUUGAGCAUGUCUGCAAGCCCAAGAUUAAAAAUGUCACUGGCUACUCAGUGUUUUUCUGCACUCACAGCAUGGCCUACAUGCUGAAGAAGCUGCUUAUCAGCUACAUCAUCCUGAUUGCCCUCUAUGGACUGGUGUGCCUCUAUACCUUGUUCUGGCUCUUCCGAGGAUCUCUGAAAGAGUAUUCCUUUGAGAAGGUGCGCGAAGAGAGCAAUUUCAGCGACAUUCCUGAUGUGAAAAAUGACUUUGCCUUCCUCCUGCACAUGGUCGAUCAGUACGACCAGCUCUACUCCAAACGGUUUGCCAUCUUCUUGUCUGAGGGCUGCGAGAGCAAACUGCUGGAGAUGAACCUAAACCAUGAGUGGACAUACGAGAAGCUGAGGCAACAUGUCUCAAAGAACAUGCAGGGUAAGCUGGAGCUGCAACUUUUCAUGCUGUCGGGCAUUCCGAAAGCAGUCUUCGACAUGAAUGACCUGGAGGUGCUGAAACUGGAACUGAUCCCCGACGUCCGACUGCCUGCAAAGAUUUCCCAAAUGGUGGCUCUGAGGGAACUCUAUCUUUACCACUGCCCUGCGAAGGUGGACCAAAUUGCUUUCAACUUCCUACGGGACCACCUUCACAUCUUGCACAUCAAGUUCACUGAUAUUGGGGAGAUUCCCCUCUGGGUGUACUCGCUCAAGAACCUAGUUGAGCUGCAUUUAUCAGGUAAUCUCAACUCUGAGACCAAUAAAGCCAUUGGCUUGGAGUCCCUUAAGGAGCUGCGGCAUCUCAAAAUUCUCAUCAUCAAGAGCAACCUCUCCAAAAUCCCCUCGAACGUCAUGGAGCUGGCCACACACUUGUCCAAGCUGGUCAUUCAAAAUGAUAGCACCAAGCUCCUGGUCCUGAACAACCUGAAGAAGCUAGCCAGCCUCUCUGAGCUGGAAUUGCAGAACUGUGAACUCGGGAGGAUCCCACAUGCCAUUUUCAGCCUCACCAGCCUUCAAAAACUGGACCUGAAAGCCAAUAACAUUCAGAGCAUUGAGGAGAUCAUUAGCUUCCAGCAUCUCAAGAGGCUCUCCUGCCUCAAACUAUGGCACAACUCCAUCUCAUGUAUCCCCACCACCAUCAGUCUCAUCAAAAACCUUGAGCAGUUAUACCUCUCCAACAACAAGCUGGAGUCCUUGCCUGCUGCUCUCUUCACCCUGAGGAAGCUACGACACCUCGACCUCAGCCACAACCUGCUCACGGCUGUGCCUCCCGACAUUCACCUGCUCCAGAACCUGCAGCAUUUCUCCAUCACCAAGAAUAAAGUGGAGACACUGUCUCUCCAGCUCUUCCACUGCUUGAAGCUGAGAUCUUUACACCUGGGCCAGAACUGUAUCACACAUAUCCCACCUGAGAUCGGACAGUUAACUCAACUCACCUACCUGGAGCUGAAAGGAAAUCAUUUGGAGAGGAUUCCACCUGAGAUUGGCAAUUGCCUGUUACUCAAGAAAAACAGUCUUAUCGUUGAAGACCUUCUGUUUGAUCAUCUCCCCACUGAGGUCAAAGAGCACUUCACUGAACAAGACUUUACCUCCAUUGUUUAAUGUGUUGCCCUGGAGUUAGAGUCUCCUAUCAGUGGGCCCACAUGUUGUAGCUCCCUGUGUUGUACCAGGAGAGGUCUUGCACUGAGUCAGGCCCCUCUUAGAGUUCUCUCUAGCACAUCCUCAGGUCGGGUUACAAUACGAGUGUUAUCACUUGGAGAGCUUUAUACCUCCUGAAGUUCUCUCAAGUGGGUUUCAAUUGGUCUAAAACUGAAUUGGACUUAUAUACAUGCUGGUGAUUAGAGCCAACAUUUACACAGAUGUUAUUUAGAGGUUUCAUUCUAGGAAUUAGUAGAGGUCUUUGUGUAUUAGGAUAGUCUGAGGCUGGAAUUAAUGUGUAUUAAUGGCAUACGGUCAGAAAAUUUUACCAACCCUUCAGACCACGUCCAGGCUGGUGGGGGACAGGGGCGAUUCUGGCUCGGGGAGAAGCAUCCUGAUGGGGAGUAGGAAGGUUGGGGGAGAGAGGGAUUCCUAAUCCUGAGAGAGUGGGUUGGGGGAAGGGGGAGAAAGGGGAUCCUGACUCAGAGGGGGAGAUAGGGGUGGGGGUUGAGGCUGGGGAUGAGGGGAUCCUGACUCUGAGAAAGGGUGCAGGGAGAGAAGAGGGGAUCCUGACUCUGAGGGGACAGCAUAGGUGGGGUGUGGGGGAGGAAUCCUGAUUCUGAGAAGGGAGGGCGGGGAGGAAUCUAGAGAAACCCGCCAUGGUCAUCAGUUUGAAGUUUAGUCAUCAUCCCUCAGUCACUCAUAGUCAAAAAGAGACAAUACACAGAACAGAGCCAUUUGGCCCAUCAGGUCCAUGCUGGCUCUCUGGAAAGCAACCCAGUCCGUACCAUUCUCCUGCUCUGUAAGUUUUUAUUUUUGUCAAGUUCCCGUCCAAUCUUCACUCUCACUCUCUCACACCCUUACUCUUUCACUCUUUCUGUGCUCUCUCUUUGUCUCUGCUCUCUCUCUCUCGCUUCUCUUCCCCCAUCUCGCUCAGCUCCCCACUCCCCUCUUACUGUCCCUCUCUCCCUCCUCUUGUCCUUCUCCCCUCUCUCACCCUAUUGCCCCUGUUUAACUCCACAGACACUUAAACUUUCAGAACUAUCAAGUCAUACUUCAAAAAUUAAAACCAGAAGCUGCUGGAAAGAUCCCUUUCUGUGCAAAGAGAAGCACACAAGUGCAGUUUUCAUUCUUUUAUCAGAACUGGAAGUGAUUAGUGAUAAACAUGAAGAAACUGAA